GAAACUAUGAGCAUCAGUAUGGGACAAAGGUGGACCGGACGGUCACCAACUCCCACUUGUUUCCCAACAAGAUGUUAGAGAAUGUGGAAAUUGGAUCGUUAUUAUGUUGACGUAUGCAGCAGGAUUAUGAACACAUAUUUCCACUACCAAGUUACCAACAGUCUGACCCAGUCUCUAUCUUCAUCUGCUUUGUCCAUUUGGAGCUCUGGUUCAAAGAAAAUUGUCCACUUUUAGGGUCGACUACCAGCAGUGUUGAGUCUGCAAACUUUCAUCUUCAAUUGAAAAAGCGCACGAACUGGUUUACUACUUUUAACGCAAAAAGCCACCUCAAUUACAAAAGCAUGAAUAUUUCAAGAUUUAUAGCGAGAGACGAAAGUCCCUUUAAAGAGAAGGCUCUCAAAAGUCAAAAGCUUCACUUCUCUUCUGUUUUCUAAAGCCGUAUUUUUGUGAGUUUUAUGUCACCGCUUUAGCUCUGCUACAUGUUCAGACUAUGUUAACUGCAAAACGAUCACUUCGUGGUUCCUUCCUCGAAGCUCUGCGUUUCUGAAAUGCAGGAACACAAGCGGAGGCUUUGGAGUAUAAACUGGGGUCUCUGCGUUCUCUCUCAUACAUUCCAUCUGGGCGUUUACUAAUGUAAUGAGAUGGGGCUUGAGGGGAGGGGAGAUAAUAAAUUGCUUGGACUGAGAAUGACCUCAAAGCACAAACGUUCAAAGAGCUUUCCUGAUAAGAAAAUAGUGGAGCAAGAUGGUAUCAAUAAUUCCUUUGAGGCCUCAGAUCGUAAAAAGCUGGAUAUGGGGCACUUAAGGGAUAUUGAAACGAAGAAGAAACAAUCCCCUAAGGCUGAAGUUCAAAAUUCUUUAAAGCAAGAGAUUCUACAGCUUGAGAAGAGAUUACAAGACCAAUUUGAGGUCCGCCAUGCUUUAGAAAAAGCAUUGGGUUAUAGGUCUUCCUCUCAUGACAAUACAGCUGAAAUCUUAAUGCCCAAGCCAGCCACAGAGUUAAUCAAGGAAAUCGCAGUGUUAGAGUUGGAAGUUGUGUAUUUGGAGCAUUAUCUUCUCUCCUUAUACCGGAAAGCAUUUGAUCAACAAGUAUCCUCUGUAUCUCCAUCUGCCAAGGACGAAAGGCUAAAAUCGCCAAUAAAUACUCCAAGGGGGAGGAUUCCCCAAGCUUCCAGUCCUGAUAUUACAUCAAAGAGGGAAAGUUCAGCAAUACAAUCUGGUUGUCAAUUACUUGAAGAUCCUGUCAAGGAAUCCAAUGGAAUUGGUGGAGAAGAGAAGCUAUUAUAUUCUGGUGUUCAUCGCUGUCACUCCUCAUUAUCCCAACAUCCUGUGUUUUUUACUAGAACUUCCCCUCCAGCAGACUCUUUGGAUAAGGCUCUACGUGCAUGUCACUCCCAACCUUUGUCCAUGACGGAGUAUGCUCAGAAUGCGUCAUCAAACAUAAUCAGUCUGGCAGAGCAUCUUGGUACCCGCAUCUCUGACCAUGUUCCAGAGACAUCUAACAGGCUUUCUGAAGAUAUGAUCAAGUGCAUAUCAGCUUUAUAUUGCAAGCUAACAGACCCACCUUUAACUCAUAAUGGCUUGUCGUCUCCCAAUUCAUCCAUGUCCUCAAUGAGUGCCUUUUCCCUGCAAGAUCAUGGUGAUAUGUGGAGUCCUGGGUUCAGGAAUAAUUCAUCUUUUGAUGUACGCUUAGAUAAUCCUUUCCAUGUGGAAGGACUCAAAGAGUUCAGUGGACCAUACAGCACAAUGGUUGAAGUGCCCUGGAUCUACAGAGAUGGUCAGAAACUUGGUGAUACUGAACACCUACUACAGAAUUUCAGGUCACUUAUCUGUCAAUUGGAAGAUGUAGAUCCUAGGAAGUUGAAACAUGAAGAGAAACUAGCAUUCUGGAUUAACAUACACAAUGCAUUGGUGAUGCAUGCAUUCUUGGCUUAUGGGAUCCCACAGAACAAUGUCAAGAGAGUUUUUCUACUCUUAAAGGCUGCAUAUAACAUCGGUGGUCAAGUCAUCAGUGCAGACACUAUUCAGAGUUCUAUUCUAGGGUGCAGGAUGUCUCGUCCUGGACAGUGGCUUCGCUUUUUACUUUCUCCAAGAAUGAAAUUCAAAUCUGGAGAUGAACGGCAAGCAUAUGCAAUUGAGCAUCCAGAACCCCUGUUACACUUUGCCCUCUGUUCAGGAAGCCAUUCUGAUCCUGCGGUUCGUGUUUACACUCCCGAGAGAGUAUUUCAAGAACUGGAAUCUGCAAAAGAAGAGUACAUUCGGGCUACCUAUGGUGUAAGCAAAAAUCACAAAAUCCUUUUACCAAAGAUGGUCGAGUCAUUUAUGAAGGACUCUGGUUUGUGUCCAGCUGGAGUGAUGGAAAUGAUCCAACAGUCGUUGCCUGAAUCUUUGAGGAAGAAUGUUAAGCAAUAUCAGCUAGGGAAGUCCCGCAAGAGCAUCGUGUGGGUUCCUCACAAUUUCACCUUUCGGUAUUUGAUCUCUAAAGAGCUGGUUAAGUGAUUACUUGCAUGGAAAUCUGCAUAAUGCUUGAGGUAGAUUGCAAUGUUCGGAAGAAUUUAUAUUUAAGAAAAUUAUACUUUUCUUUUGUACAAAGUAGAGCGUGAAGUAAGAUCAAAAGGAGGGAUACAUGUGUGAUCUAUGGCUUUUUCUUACUUACAUCAUGUUUCUCCAUCUCUCAUUGUAAUUUCCCCACAGAGAGUAUCUAGUAUUAAUAUAUUUUUGUAAAAAAAUGGAGAUUCUGCAUUGUGAAAUGUAAA